AUGGGAGGUAGGGUUGACAGGACCGUGAACAAGGGAGGCGGGCCCCCUGUAUUCCGAUUAAAUGGACAGAACUAUCAUUUAAUGGGAAGUUUACUUCCACAAGAAGGCAAGCCACCACAUUUUGCCCAACUAUACAUAUACGACACAAACAAUGAACAAAUAAACCGUAUCAAUGCUGUGAGGGAUGGUUGUAAUCAAGAUGACAUUCAUAUAGACAUAGUGAAUGUCAUUCAAGGUGAGUUGGAUCAAAAUAAUGUCUUGGUUAAGUUAUUUCGUAUGGCUAAGUCAGAAAUGGAUAGAAAUCCCUGCGCUGAAGUCAAGAUAAAAUUGCUAGGCAAGCGCAAGAAAGAUGCUAGGACAUACAAUUUACCUGAAGUGUCUGAAGUAGCUGCAUUAAUAGUUGGAGAUCUUGAUACCAGUAUAGGUGAGCGUGACAUUGUCGUUCAAACUAAGGGCGGCCAGCUACAAAGAAUAAGUGAAUUAAACCCUUCCUACUUGCCACUUCAAUACCCAUUGUUGUUUCCAUAUGGUGAAGAUGGUUAUAGGGAAGACAUUGUCUUCUCUAACAUAAAGGGCAACUGUGGUGCUGGCGGAAGACAAAGGAUUAGUCCAAAGGAAUUUUUUUGUUAUCGCUUACAAUCAAGAAAAGAGGUUGUCAGUACAAUACUACAUGCGAAGAGGUUAUUCCAACAAUUUGUUGUUGACGGAUAUACAAUGGUUGAGUCAGGAAGACUCAUCUAUAUAAGGACACACCAAAAAAGCUUACAUUGUGAAUCAUAUAGUGGGUUGACAGAUGCUUUAACUCGGGGUGAAAUAAAUCCAUCAACUCAGGGGCGUAGGAUAAUUUUACCAUCGAGUUUCACUGGCGGAGCAAGGUUGUUUAAGAUGAAGCUCGAUUACUUGAUAGCCGAUUGUAGAAAGAAGCAACUGUUUGGAUCGGUUGCUGGAGUUAUAUAUACCAUUGAGUUCCAAAAAAGAGGCAUCCCGCAUGCGCAUAUAUUGCUCUUUUUGGACAAACUAAAUGAAGUUAGUGAAGUUGGAGCUUUAGACAAAAUAAUUUCAGCUGAGAUACCUGAUGAAAAUAUGGAUGUAGAAUACUACAAAGCUGUUGAGGAAUUUAUGAUGCAUGGACGUCGAGAAAAUGGAAGGACAAUAACAAAGAAUGGCAUUGUCUUGGACAACAAGUAUGUUGUACCGCACAACAGACAUUUAUUGCUUAAAUACAAGGCUCAUAUAAAUGUGGAGUGGUGCAACCAGUCCUGUUCAAUCAAGUACCUUUUCAAAUAUGUCAAUAAGGGACACGACAUGGUAACAGCCGAGUUCUACAAAACAAGCAAUGAUUCAGAUGUUGGAAAAUCUGCUCCAUCAGUGGAAAGGUUAAGCUUUCACUUACCCAAUCAACAAAGUGUGAUUUUUGCCGAUGACGAUCCAGUUGACAACAUUGUGAAUAGACCAACUAUAGGACAAAGCAUGUUCUUGGAAUGGUUUGAGGCUAACAAGACAUUUCCAGAGGCAAGAAAGAUGACUUAUGCUGAGAUGCCAACGAAAUUUGUGUGGAAGAAACAACUACGAAAAUGGCAGCCAAGGAAAAAAGGAUUCGCAAUAGGAAGGAUUUUUUACGUCCCACCUGGCACUGGUGAAAUUUUUUAUUUAAGAUGUUUGUUGAAUAAAGUUCGUGGUCCUACAUCUUUUGCUGAUAUAAAGAUUGUGAAUGGUGUGCAAUAUGAUUCAUUCCGCGAUGCGUGUUAUGCUAGAGGCUUAGUUGAUGAUGACAAAGAAUAUAUAGAUGCAAUAGAGGAAGCAAGUCAUUGGGCUUCUGGAGAUAAGUUGAGGAGGUUAUUUGUUACACUGUUAAUGACCAGCUGUAUAGGUAAACCUGAAGCUAUUUGGUAUGCCGUGUGGCAACAUUUGUCUGAAGAUGCACAAUAUCAAGUUCGGAAACAAUUGCAAAAUUCAGAUUCUGUGUUGAAUGACAAUCAAAAGAUGAAUUUUGCGUUGGUUGAGAUUGAAAAAUUGUUAUCAAUAAUGGGAAAGAAUCUUAAGGACUUUCCAGAAAUGCCAGUUGCAGAUUUGGAGACAUAUAAUUUAAUAUCAAAUAGGUUGAUACAAGAAGAAUUGGCAUAUGAUCGUGUUGCUCAGGAGAAAGAGAAUAACGAUUUGGUUAGUCAACUGACAGAUGAGCAAAAGGUAAUAUACGAGGAGGUGUUAACAGAUAUUGAAAGCAAAGCUGGUGGAUUUUUCUUCGUUUAUGGAUAUGGUGGUACUGGUAAGACCUUCUUGUGGAGAGCACUUUCAUCCGCUUUAAGACAUAAGGGUGAAAUUGUUCUAAAUGUUGCAUCUAGCGGCAUAGCUUCUCUUCUGCUACCAGGUGGUCGGACAGCACAUUCUAGGUUCGCAAUACCUAUAUCUGUUAAUGAAGAUUCCACUUGCAACAUAAGACAAGGCACCCCGUUGGCUGAGCUUAUUAUGCAAAGCAAGUUGAUAAUGUGGGAUGAAGCUCCAAUGAUGCACAAGUUCUGCUUUGAAGCCCUAGACCGAACUAUGCGUGAUUUAUUGCGCUCCACAAAUCCAAGAAGCUGUGAAAUGACAUUUGGUGGUAAAACAGUUGUUUUGGGUGGCGAUUUUAGACAAAUUCUUCCGGUUAUUCCAAAGGGCACAAGGCAAUAUAUUGUUGGAUCGAGCAUAAAUUCAUCAUACCUUUGGAGAUCAUGCAAAGUAUUUAGGCUAACAAAAAAUCUACGCCUAAGACGUGUAAAAUCGCAAAUAGAGGCCAAAGAGAUUGAAGAGUUUGCAAACUGGAUAGCAGAUAUAGGUGACGGGAAAAUUGGAAAUUCAACGGAUGGUGACGCAGAGUUAACAAUUCUAGAUAAGUUUCUACUUAAAUGUGAUGGUGAUACUAUUUCUACAAUUGUUGAUAGCAUUUUCCCGUUGUUUAGAAGCGCUAAUGGUGAUUUAUCAUACCUUGAGGAUAGUGCCAUAUUGGCACCAACAUUGGAUAUGGUAGAUAUCAUUAACCAAUACAUGAAUGAUCAAAAUCCAAGUGAAGCUAGGACUUAUUUGAGUUGUGAUUCAGUUUGCAAGUCAGAUUCUAAUGCAGAUAUGUUAGCGGAAUUGCACACUGCAGAAUUCUUGAAUGGUCUGCGAUGUUCUGGUGUACCUAAUCAUGCAUUGACUUUGAAAAUUGGGUCACCCGUUAUGCUCUUGAGAAAUAUUGAUCACACUCUUGGCUUGUGCAAUGGUACAAGAUUGAUUGUAACAAGGUUAGCUGAUCAUGUGUUGGAAGCAAAAAUAAUGGGGGGUACAAAUGCAGAUUCCUACGAAAUGAUGUAG